AUGCGCUUCUACACAGCGUCUCUCUUCCUUCCCCUCCUCCCCGGUGUCACAGCUUGGGCCUUUCCCUCCCACAGCCUCAACCGUCGUGAAGCCUUCGAGCUAACUGAGCGCGAGGACUCUGGCGGCGAUAAAGGGUGGAUUGUUCCUGCCAACGUCACCGUCGAGGACUGGGACACCGCUGAGCCCGGAGAUGGCUGGAUUCCUGUCGAUGAGUAUAUGAGGAGAAUGGGCAUCGCCCCCCUCGAGGACGCUCCAUAUCUUGAAGAACCAGACAUUGAGACUCUUCCAUUACCACAAGCUAAAAGAGGACCGCUCGAAGAACGGGCCGCUCGCACUAGAGUCAACAUCGGCAGGAAGCUGACUGAUUAUGGCUGUGCUGCAUCGAUCCGCAAGCCAAUUGAGGAAUCUCUCAACAUGCUCUGCCGUGACGGCUUUUGCGACCAGAGCAUUUCCUAUGUCCGCACCAUAGAUUGGCUUGACAACGGCUUCGGCUCCGGCAUGUCUCGACGAAAGCUAAUCGUGGAUAUCAAGGGCAAUUACAGAGGAUCUCGAACCAAGGGGAAUGUUAUCGAGGCCGCUAAGCGCAUCGUUAAUCCCGAUAGUGUCAGCCAUGCCAAGCGGUCCCUGAAAAUCGAUAGCACAACAUGCCUCAGAUACGGCAUUUGCAAGAUUGUCACCUGCGACAUGUCCAAGUUUGCCAACUUUAUUUCCAUCACCAAGUUUGAAGAUCCCGCUACAUACAUUUCGAUCGAUAUGCAUAUCAGGAUGAACGAGUCGAACAAUCACUGUAUCGCUCGUGGAGCCCUUUCGGCCAUUGGUGGCGCUAUCUCUGGGAUUGCGGGAGGUUUCUUUGGCAUUGCCGACGCACUUACUCCUGGAUGCUAG